AUGCUUGCUAAACCGCAAACCUUCAUGAAUGCAAGCGGUGAGUCUGUUGGAGCAAUUGCUUCAUAUUACAAGAUUCCGCUGAAGCAAGUACUUGUGAUAUUUGACGACUUAGAUUUGCCUUUUGCAAAGUUGAGGUUAUUACCAAAAGGCGGCCAUGGAGGACACAAUGGGAUGAGGAGUGUGAUCGACCACUUUAGAGGGAGCCGUGAUUUCCCUCGUUUAAGAAUAGGCAUUGGAAGGCCUCCAGGCAAAAUGGAUCCCAUGAAUUUUGUUCUUCGCCCAUUUAACAAACAAGAACAUGAAGAGUUGCAUUUCACUCUCCUAAAUGGCUUAGAAGCAGUACGGAUUCUUUUGCUUGAGGGUUUUGAGAAAAGCGCGACAUUUGUUAAUAGUGCGAAAUCCUUGGAACAUCUUGCCUAAAGAACUGGUCAAAUUACAUUUAUUGGGAUUGGGCAAGCCCACAGGGAUACAUUAUAGAGGAAUUAUGAAAUCCUCUUUGAGAUCAGCAGGCUGUAUAGAGCCUUCUAAUUGUUUAUAUUCAGAGAGAUAGGUCAUGUCCACAACAAAGGGUUCUAUUUUUUCCUCAUUUAUUUCUUGCCUUUUUAGUUGUUUCAAUUGUUAAUAUAGGUAAUCUUUUGGGAUUGCACCAUAGAGUGCAAUCACCCCUGAAGUUUGAAAAUUUUCCUAGCUUGAU